AUGAAGGGAUCCCACUUGUUCCUCUGCCUCUUCUCCAUGUCCUGCUGGGUGGAUUUGACGCCGACAGCUGGGAACAAAAUCCUCCACUUUGGAGCCUGCAGGGUUUCAAUGAGCAUGACAGAGAUUAGGGCUGGUUUCACAGCAAUUAAAGCCAAUAUUCAAGCAAGAGACCCCAUCCGGACCCUGAGCAUCUUGUCCUAUCCACACUCCCUGCACAAGGUUAACUCUUCAGACAGAUGCUGCAUCACCCACCACCUCUUCAACUUCUACGUGGACAAGGUUUUCAGGCACUGCAGGACGGAGGAUUCGUAUGUGAACCGAAAAAUCAGCAGCAUCGCCAACUCCUUCCUCAGCAUGAAGAGGAAACUGGGGCAGUGUCAUGAACAAAAUCAGUGCGUGUGUGGGCAGGAAUCCACCGAGAAAUUUCAGCAAAUACUUGCAAACUACGAAGGGCUGAAUGUCACAUCUGCAGCAAUGAAGUCCCUGGGUGAGCUGGACAUUCUGUUAGACUGGAUGGAGAAAUCUCCUUAGGGAGAGGGAGGCAUCGACAACCCACCAGGGCCGUGGCUGACGGAGCUGCUGGGACCUUGCACACCCCAGUGAUGAGAGGGACAACAGUGUCCUGUAUCAGUGCAGCUCCUCACCCAUUCCAGCUGGGUUCACUCAAACACAUCAGUGAAGGCACCAACAGAGCCUUCCUGAAGAUGGAAAUAACGAGUUUGAUCAAAUCAGCGCUGCCCUCCCUUAGCUGGCUUCCAUCAAAGGAUGCUCCAAGGGAAAAACCUCAAAGGGUUUCUCUUGCCAGCAAGACAUAAGCUGUGAUCAUGUAAUAAAAUUGUUGUUUUAAGUUAUAAAUUUU